UGGAUAGUUGCAACGCAAGUUUCUCUAUAUCACUUCAGAUAAGAGCGCACAGCUCAAUUAAGUGUGUUGAAAAUCCCAGCUGCAGGUGAUCUCCGAGUUGUGCCGAUCUUUAAUGAGAUAAGAAACCCCUGUGUGUUAUUCUUCAAAGAUGACCUAGUCAGCAACGGCUAUAUAAGGCAGCAAUGGACGAUGAUAUAUUUACAGAGGAUACUGCAUCUGUGUUGCAAGGAUGGAAGAGGAGAGACAAAAGUGACAUCGCAGCAGGAUGGACCUUUGAAGGGAGAAAAAUUUUCAAAUCACAGUAGCACCAUCAAAGCGAACUCCACGAACACGUCUACAUGCGUGAGGGUGCGGCUGCCACUGAAUGGGGGGUUGUACGGCUAUGAUGUUGAAAUCCCGGAUUGUCGUCAAAUAGACGUCAACAAGACUGUUAUCACGCCUAAGAGUGACGUCAUUGAAAUCAAGAUUGUCAAAUUUGGAGAAUUUACUCUUCCUGCCUAGUCUGGAAUGUCAAGUACACAGAGGCUCUAAAGAAUUGUUAUGCUUCUAUAUAUAUUUCAUUGUUGUAUUUUUUUUAAUGUUUUCCUAUAUACUCCAAAGUGUUUGUACUGACGUUUUAAGCUUGGAAUGAGUAUUUAUACAGAAACUAUCAAACAUAUUCUGACUUAUU